GACGGACCGGUCUAUUAAAAACUCGCAAAGUGCCGAAGCCCGUUAGAGUAAAAAUGGAGUGGGAAUAGCGCGUGUUGGGAAGCCCAAGUUUAUGAAGCGAUCGACAAAAAAGUAGGGCACAAAAAUUACAAAACCCGACAAAGUUAACCUAAACUCGCAAAACCUAAAAGCCAAAGCUAAUCGACGGCGACGAGAACAAAAAAAAAAAAGAGAAGAAGAAGACUUUGUCGCCGCUCUCAGAUCUCGAUGGCACCGAAGAAAGCGGAACUAAUCGACAACCCACCUGUGGUCUCUUCGAGUGAAGAGGAAGAAUCUGGUUCAUCUGGAGAUGAAUCUGACUCUUCUGCUGAAGUUUCGAGGAAAGACGUGUCCUCUUCAAAGAAGCCUGAAUCUGAUUCCGAAGGCGAAUCUGAGUCCGAGUCCGAUUCCGAACCUGAGCCCGCUAAGAAGCCAGUUGUGGCCACCAAAGCUAAGUCAGAUGCUGCUUCUGGAUCUGCUGCGGCUUUACCGGAGAGUUCAAAAUCCAAGCGUCCUUUGAAAGAAGCUGAGCCUGAAGCUAACAAAAAGCUGAAGAUAUCAGAGACAGAGCAUGUGGUGAAGACGGCGAAAGCAAAUGAUAAUGAAUCUAGUAAGAAGAUUUCUAAAGAGGAUGCAAAGAAGAUGUUUCAGAGGUUGUUCAGUGAGACUGAUGAGGUUGCGUUGCUUCAAGGUGUUCUUGAUUUCACUUCUACCAAAGGUGAUCCUUACGAAGACAGUGAUGCUUUUUGCAGUUAUGUUAAGAAGUUGAUUGAUUUCGAUGCUACCAAAAGCCAGAUUGUAACUAAACUUCAGAGGUUGAAGAAGAAGUUUGGUAAUACUGUUAAGAAUGCUGCUAAAAAGGGAAAGAGUGAAGAUGAGGUUAAGUUUGCUAAGGAUAUUGAGCGUAAAGCUUUUGAAUUGGCUAGAAAGAUUUGGGGAAGUAAUGGUGUUAUGACUUCUAAAUCAAGGAAGAAGAUUGGAGGAACAACCCCUUCUGCUGCUACGAAAGAUAUGAAGUUGGUUGCUCAUUCUACUCCUAAGAAACCACAAGAAGGGCAAAGACCGGAGAAAACAGAGGGGAAGGCUGGUCUCUCAAUUGGUAGAGAGAUUGCAUUGUUCUUCAAUGCUGAGAAUUCGAGUUCUUGCUGUUUGGAUGAAUUCACAAUAACUGCGGUUUGGAAAAAAGUUGCUGAUGGUGCGAAGAAGACACAAGUUGAGGAAAAAUGGAAGAAGCUUAAGGCUAAGCAGGUGGAGCUAUGUUUGCAGAGGACUGAGCUCGUUAACGAAACUGCAAAGAUGAUAUUCAAAGCCUACGAAUCCUGAUCGGUUUGUCUUUUUUUUUUUUUUUUUACUCUCUCUAGUAUGCAUCUUUGAGUCUUUUCCUAUUGUGCAUUUUAGCUUGUGCAACUAAUCCUAUGUAAGUCGUUGUCGUAUUUUUCUUUAUGCCCCUUAUGUUGAAUGCUUGGUUUGGGUAUAAGACCCCUUUUAUUUUUUAAUACCUCUUGUUCCGUUUCUAUGAACCCACCCAGAAAAUGUAAUGGUCGUAUUAGUUCUUUUAUGUUAAGAGCUGUGACACUACUUGUCAA